AUUUAUAUAUAAUAUAUAUAAGCCUUUUAUUAAGUAAACGCUGUUCAACAGAAUUAUUCAUUAUAAUAAUUUAGUUAUUAUUUAAUAAAGUAUCAUAAUAAUACGUGAAUUACAAUACAACGUCACAAAGUCAGGCAUUAGCGAAAGUGAGUGCAUUAAUAAAAACUAUCGCAUACCAGGCAGGCAAUAAGAAAAAUAAAAAGAGUUGUUGGUGGAGGCAGAAGAUUAUGUGGAAAAACACUAAAGAGUGAAUAAAUGAAAUAAGAAUUAAAUAUAUGCGAAGAAGAAUAAAGCUUCCAGAAAGUGUGUAUGUGUGUGCAUGUGCAGUGUAAACUAAACGCAGAUUCUUUUUAUUAAAUAAUUGGCCUCGAUUUAAGUUAAAAAAAAAAAAGAAAGAAAAAAACAAACGCACAAAUUAAACUCAAACCGCAAUGUCGUCAAUAAACAAAUUUACGAAAGGCUUAUCUGUAGAUGAAAAGGCAGAAAUACAAGAAAAAUUCAUAGAGAUUGAUACUAAUAAAGACGGUUUCAUUGAUCUUACUGAACUUAAGGAGGCACUCGAUCUUGUUGGCUUUAAAUUGGCCGGCUAUCAGGUGCGGGAGAUGAUUGAAGAAUUUCAAAAUAAGCAAAGAACUUCGCAUCAGGGUAAAUUAAAUUUAGAAGAAUUUGAAAAUUUAUGCUUGGAUCUCAAGUCUAAGGAUGUCGCAAGUACCUUCAAAACUGUCGUAUCGAAAAAGGAGAAUUUGGAGACGUUGGGCGGUAUGUCGAGCAUUUCAUCAGAAGGCACCACCCAUUCAGUACGUUUAGAAGAACAAUUGGCCUUCUCCGAUUGGAUUAAUUCAAAUUUGGGUCACGAUCAAGAUUUAAAGCAUUUAUUGCCCAUCGACGCAGAGGGUAAACGAUUAUAUCAAUCGAUAAAAGAUGGUAUAUUGCUAUGUAAAAUCAUAAAUCACUCCUGCCCCGAUACCAUUGACGAGCGCGCUAUUAACAAGAAAAACCUUACCGUUUAUCGGGAAUUUGAGAAUUUAACAUUGGCUUUGGUAUCAUCGCAGGCCAUCGGUUGUAAUAUUGUCAAUAUCGAUGCCCAUGAUUUGGCUAAGGGCAAGCCCCAUCUAGUUCUGGGUUUAUUAUGGCAAAUUAUACGCAUUGGUCUAUUCAGUCACAUUACAUUAGACAGCUGUCCCGGCUUGGCCGGACUUUUGUUUGACAAUGAAAAACUGGAAGAUUUAAUGAAAAUGUCUCCAGAGGCUAUAUUGUUGCGUUGGGUUAAUCAUCAUUUGGAACGUGCUGGCAUUUCCAGACGCUGUACCAACUUCCAAUCCGAUAUAGUGGAUUCUGAGAUAUAUUCACAUUUGCUUAAGCAAAUAGCGGGUAAUGAUGUUGACGUGAAUAUGGAUGCCUUGCGUGAGAGCGAUUUGCUGACACGAGCGGAGAUAAUGUUGCAACAAGCGGCCAAAUUAAACUGUCGCAGCUUCUUGACACCUCAGGACGUAGUCAACGGAGUCUACAAGUUAAAUUUGGCUUUUGUUGCUAAUCUUUUUAACAAUCAUCCCGGUUUAGAUAAACCCGAACAGAUUGAGGGUCUUGAAACGAUUGAAGAGACCCGUGAAGAGAAAACUUAUCGUAAUUGGAUGAAUUCAAUGGGCGUUACCCCCCAUGUCAAUUGGUUAUAUUCGGACUUGGCCGAUGGCUUAGUCAUCUUUCAAUUGUUUGAUAUAAUACGACCCGGGAUAGUUAUUUGGAGUCGUGUUCAUAAACGCUUCACUCCUUUACGUAAAUUUAUGGAAAAAUUAGAGAAUUGCAACUAUGCAGUGGAAUUGGGUAAACAAUUGAAAUUCUCUUUAGUAGGCAUAGCCGGUCAAGAUCUUAAUGAUGGCAACGCUACAUUGACAUUGGCACUUAUUUGGCAAUUAAUGCGCGCUUACACUCUUUCGAUACUGUCACGCUUGGCCAAUACGGGCAGCCCUAUUAUUGAGAAGGAAAUUGUUCAAUGGGUGAAUAAUAAAUUAUCAGAAGCGGGCAAGCGAUCACAUCUGAAGAAUUUCAAUGAUCCUGCCAUAGCAGAUGGUAAAAUUGUUAUCGAUUUAAUUGAUGCCAUUAAAUCGGGUAGCAUUAAUUAUGAUUUGGUGAAAACUGGCGGCAGUCAAGAGGACAAUUUGGCUAAUGCUAAAUAUGCCAUAUCGAUGGCACGUAAAAUAGGUGCCCGCGUUUACGCGUUACCCGAAGACAUUACCGAAGUGAAACCAAAAAUGGUUAUGACAGUGUUUGCCUGUAUGAUGGCUUUGGAUUACAUACCGAAUAUGGAUAGUGUGGAAAAUCAAAAUAACAUUAACAACAGCAAUUGAACAGCGGAAAGCCAAAUUCACAAAUUACAAAAAACAACGCAUGCAGCAACAGCAACAGCAACAGCAGCAGCAACAGUAAAAUCACCAGCAACAAAAUCCACCUUAACUGGUAGAGGAAUUAGCGGCAAGAUAAUAUAUAUAUAUAAGAAUUUUCUUCAUUUAGAGCGAAAGUAGAAUGGAAAAGCAACAAAAAAAAAAAAAAACAAAAAAAAAAAAAAAACAAAAAAGCAAAAAAAGGAGGAAGCAAUUAUUCUAUUCUUUAUGUAUCUAUAUACAUGUGCAUGUGUAUCCCCAUGCAUAUUUAUAGAUAUAAAUUUUUAAAAAGUUUUCAAUUAAACCACAAUAAUGCCAAUUAAGUAAUUACAUAAAAACUUUAUUUUUAUAUAUAUAUUUAGAAGCUUGUAUAUGUAUAAAUUUUUUUACAAAUCUUUUAUAACUAUUUAGUGUUCAACUUGAGUUCUUCUCUUAUCUCCGCCCCUUUUUUGUCUAAUUUUGAAUUGAACCUUAACCUAAUCUUGUGUAUGUAUAAAAGUGUAUACAUUUAAUGUAUUUUAGGGAUAAAUUUUCCCAAUUCUUUCAUAUUCGUCUUUUUUUCUUUUUCUUUUAUUAUUAUUAUUAUUAUUAUUAUUUUUAUUAUUAUUAUUAUUAUUAUUAUAAUUUUGUUAAAUGUUAAAAUUCAUUUGAUUUGUAAUGAACUUAAGCUGAACAAAGAAAUUGACUUAAAAAAUAAAAAAUAAAAAAAAAUAAAAACAAAGGAAACAAAAACAAAAAGGAGGACAUACAAA